CAUACCUUUUUCCUUGAACGAUCAAUCAAUUAUAUUUUUAAUAGAGAUGAAACAAUCCAUUCUUCGUAGCCGUAUAAAUAUAAAUUUAAAGAUAAUUUUCUUUCAAUGGAUGAACACGUUUUAGGAUGAUAUCACUAUCCUGUAUAAAGAGUAAAUAUAAAAAAGCUAUAACAUGCAAAUGAUUUAUUUGUACAUCUCUAUUUAUUUUUAAAGUGCACAGUAAAAUUAUCGCUUUUCAAAUAUAAAAAAGAAAAUAUUCGGAACAUCUUUUUAUAUUAAUUAAAAAUUGAAUCUGGAAGAAGUGACACUGCUACUGUACAAGUUCGACUAAUACACUUAACUAACGUCAUACUUCGUAUCGUGCCAGAAUACUUGCAACCGAUUUGGACCUAGUUCAAUUCAUUUCGAAGGUUGUCGUGGCGAAUAAGAAACACUUGUUGUUUCUUGCCAAGGCCAUGGUGGACGAUGUAAAAUAAAUAAAAUAAAACAAUUGUAAUAUCGUUUAUUGAUAAAAACGCGAUCAUGUCGUAUUAUCUCACAAAAUUUUGGCUAUAUAAAAUUCAAUUUCUUUUUGCGAUAAGUUUUACGCAAUAAAAAUGGAAAAGUUGUAUGCAUAAAAAUUAUACAUAUGUUUAUCGUUCUAUGUCUCAUUUAUUAUUUUGAUGUUCGAUCGAUAUUGUAAUGAUCGAUGUAAUGAUUCGAAUAUUAUGUUUUAAUUAUAUGUUAUGAUUUUUCUUACAGAAAAAUAUAGAGUAUAUGCCAGCAUAUCCUUCGCGGUAAUACUCUUAGGAAUUGGUGUUCCAUUAUGGUGGUACAUGACAACUGUACCACGGGUGGCACUUCCCUAUUUUGGAAUCGAUGAAUUAUCAAAUUUGGAAAUUAAAAUCAAAACGAAGAUCAUUGUUGCUGCUCUCACCGAUGAAAGAGCAAUUACAUUAACUGAAGAAAUAAGAAGAACAUUCGAAGCCAGUGAGAUUUACGAUUUGGAAGUUGUAUAUCAAGUGGUAUCUAGCAAUCUUUUGGCAUUAGCUUUCGCCCAUCACGAGUCGGAAAAAAUUGCUUCUACCUUCGAUUUGGAUGUAGGCAAUCUUUUGCUCUUAGAAUCUCCAAAUCUAAAUGAUGCCGUACUCGUUGGCUCUAAAAGGACUAUAUACUUCUCUAUCGAGACAAGUAAUGAAAAAUUGGUACAAGUGCUAUCCGAAUGGAUCCUUCGUGAGAAAUCGUUAAAUCUUACUAAAAAUGCGCUUACAAAUCCUACAGAUUACAGUCUUGACGAAGAAAAUAGACGGAGAUUUCCUGCUAGUUCAGCUUAUGAUGUUUUAAUAACUAUAGUGAAUCCCGAUCCUGAAACACUAAAAGUCAAUUGGGAUCUUCGGACAAUGACCGAGGAGUACAUAGAGCCAUUCCUCGAUCAAUUGUCGAUGGUAAGCAAUUUUUCGGUGAAGUCACAGUGGUUAUAUUUAUUACCACUAGGCGUUAAUCCAAUACGUGUUCCCGACAGUAGCUCGCAGGGUAGACAUUAUGGUCUGGUGGAAGAUGUUUUACCACAUAUUGUAACACCAUUAGAAAAAAAAUUAGCAUCUCAAGUGAGUCUUCAUCCGUGCAUAAAUUUUGUAGCAUACAUAGUUCCAUGUGAUAAUGCUCCUUUAUACAUUUAUACGCGUAAUGGUCACAAAUCAACGAUUGAUAGUGGCGUUGAAGCAUUUUUAUCUCCAAGAUGGGGUGGUGUUGUGCUCACUAAUCCUUCAUUUGAAGCAUGCGAAGCUGCAGCACGUGGUAAAGCUACUACCAUUAUUCCCGACGAAGCCACUAUCAUCGGGACGUUUCUUGCACAACUAAGAUUGCUUUUAGGCAUUCCAGAAAUGAAGCCUAUAAGCAGUGUAACCGUAGUACCACUGGUUGGAUUGAAAUCACGUGAUUGGGAAGUAGAUGCUUUGCUGCGAGUUCGUGCCAUGGAACAGUUAACUUCUGCUAAGUUAACAUUGCAAUCAUUAGCUCAACUUCUCACAGAGAUCAACCGUAUCGUUAUUACAGAUGUUGUAGGAAAUAGAAUAAAAGUUGCGUUAGAUUUGGUGGAACGUUCUGCUGAACUCCUUAGACAUGGUGAUCUUAUGAAUGGUUUUAUCCUCAGUAAAGAUGCAUUUAUUACUGCCGAAGAAGCUUUUUCCGAUCCAACUUUGUUAGCACUUCUUUAUUUUCCAGAAGACCAAAAAUAUGCUGUAUAUACACCUUUAUUUUUACCGGCAAUGAUUCCUGUCUUGUUGUCUCUUAAAACUAUAUUACAAUAUUACAGAGGUGGAAAAACCGAUGCGAAAAAGGUAACUACUCAAAAUAAAACGAACAAAGAUUCGACGAAAGUAAAAGAUGAGAAAGUACAGUGAUAUAAAUUAUUUAAUUUAAUAUAUUGAGAUCUACGAGCAAUUUUUAUUUGAAAUAAAGUAAAAGUUGAAGGGGUUUUACUUUUUGUUUUUUUUUUUUUUUUCCAAAACAGUAAUAGAAAUAAUUUUUUUUUUUUUUAUUUUGGUCACAUAUGCAUAUAUAUAUAUAUAUAUAUACAUAUAUAUACAUACAUACAUAUAUAUGUUCAGAGAUUGUUUUACUGUUCAUUAUAAAAGCUUUACACUUUCGGUCUUUACACAUUUCAAAGAAAAAUGUCAGGAAAGCGUAAAAAUAAUUUUCUUUAAUAAAGAGAAAAAAAAAAGAAAAAAAAGAAUGUGUGAUAUUAUGAAAAUACUUCCAAAAGAGGAGUAUAAUAAAUGACUCUUCUGUAUUGAGCCAUUUGCAAUGUCUAUUUGUGAAUAAGGUCUCUGAGCCUCAAACAAUUUAAAAGUUACAAAUAAGUAAUUACACUCUUUUUUUUUCUUUUAUACAUAAAAAUUCUAGUUGCCUAUAAUUUUCAUUUUGCUAAUUAUGACAAAUGAAACUUUUCGUAUGUCAUAAUAUAAGAAGAUAUGCUACCAUGUGUACAUAUAUAUUUAUUCACGUACACGAUGGAGAUUUACACUCAACUCGAGCAAACAUACCAUCCUCCCAUACAAUCUUUUCAUCAAAUUUGAGAUUAAUUAUCAUUAGAUCGUUAGAAAUAACUAAUAGUCUAUGUACACGUAUAUCAAAUCAAUCCUCAACCAGUUACCACAAGAUUACAAAAACUUGCAAGUUAAAUUACUAUAAAAAAUGUGUCCAUCUACCAUAGGAGAUUAUUUGCAUCGCCAUUUAUAAAAAAAAAAAAAAAAAAAAAAAAAAAAAAAAAAAAAAAAAAAAAAAAAAAAAAUAAAAAAAAAAAAAAAAAGAAAAAAAAAAGUCAUUUCGUGAAGCAAAAAACGUAUAAAAUAAAAUUAUUAGCUGCACUCUUUUACUUUCACUAAUGUUUCUACAAAAUAAAAAUAAAAAAAAAAAAAAAAAAGAAAAAGAAAAAGAAAAGAAAAGAAAUACAACAGUGAAUGUAUUUGAAAUAAAAUAUAAAAUUGUAAUUAAAAAAUAUAUUUUCUAUCAAAAAAUAAAAUAUAUAAUAAAUAUUAAUUUUGAACUUCUUAAACACAGCAACAUAAACAUUUAUUCCAUUUCUUUUGCUUUGCUGUAUGAAACAAAAAAUAUUUUUUAAUUGUAAAAAUCUCAUGAUCCUAUAGUAGUGCGCACAGUAUAUUAUUCUAUAUUAGUCAAUAGUAAAAGUGUAAGAAAAAAAAAUCAUAUCUUUAUACGAAAAACAAUCGCGCUAUAUAAUGAGAUAUUAACAAUAUCUUAUCUUGAAAUGUCAGUAAUAAUAAUAUAAGUUUUAGUUAAUAUUUGUAGAAACAAGAAUGAUAAACAAUUUGUAUUGCCUCCACCCAUUGUCCCGUAAAUCUCAAAUGGUAGUUGGACAUCGUAGAAUAAAAAUAAAUUAAUCGUCGAAUCUAUGAUCUUAUUCGUACGAAAAAAUAGAAAAAAGAAGAGGAGUUAAGUCAACAGGGACUUUGAACUAGCUGUAUCGCAUGUUGCAGUGCAUCAGCGAUAUUCUGAAAAACAGGUACACCUUCGCGCUUUGCAUAGUCCGACAGGUACAUCCUUCCCCGAUUAUAGUCUUUCGUGGCUUGUUCGGUUAACUAAAUUUUUAUCAGAAUAUAAUAUAUUUAAAAAUUUUUAAUAUAAUAAAAGAAAUAUUACGGUAACUCUAAAUAAUAAUGAUCUCACCUUUUCACCAGAAAUAAUACAACCCUCGGGGAGAAUUUGAACACACAGGACAAGCUUAGCACGUAUUCCAAUCAAGUGAGCUGCUAAUGCCAUUAUAGCAAUGCCACGAGAGUGCUGCGGUACAAUUAAUAGGAUUAACCGCGAAUUUUUCAUCCUUUGUAAUUCGUGUGGCAAUACCCUUAUGUUGUACUCAUUCAGGCUUGGUCGAUAUAGAGUCAAACCCAUAGACCUUAAAAAUGUGUUAAUUAUAAGGAAGCCGCGAAUACUCUAACAAAAAUAUUCAUGAGAUUGUUAAUGCUCACUCAAUCAAUGGAGCUGCAGAAGAUUCUAACCAAAACAGAUCUUUACUGACCACUCCAACAUACAGGUCUCUCUUCUCAGACUCUGGUAUUAAGGAGUUAGUCCAAUCUAAAAAGUUUGUGUACACGUACAUUUAUAAAUAUAUGUACUUUCUUUCUUAAUAAUGAGCUACAUAUAUUAAACGAUCGAGAUAAGAAGCUACUUCUACGGCGAGAUCGUGAUAAGAAUUGAAGGUAGAUGUGUGAAAUACGAGUCAGACUAUGGGAAGUUGCAGAGAAAAUCAUGAAUAUACCUAGGAAACGAUUAAAAGGGUGUACAAUAGCUCUGCGCAGAAAUUUUGAGGCCUUCCUACAUAAUAUACUCCAAACUGAAGGUAUCUCACUUUCACAAGAAACUCCAUUAUUCUUCAUCCGCCAUGAAGCUUCGCUGGCUAAAGAGUAAAACUGUUCGAAGUUUAUCCGCGAUUCUGCUGGAUCACCUUUCCCUGGAAAUCCAUCGAUCACGCUUCUGUACGUUUCUAUAAAAUAUUAAAAAUAUUUUUGCAAAUCAAAAUAUAUAAUAGUCCUAACUA